UCAAUCGAUCACACGCGUCCCGCCCCAUUCGGCCAUUCCCAGCCUUCGAGAGGUCGCCGCCGCCGGUCGCUGCUCCGCCGACUCGGGGAUGCCACCGGCGGUAGCGCCCGCCUCGCCGCGCCAAGACCCUAGCGGCUCCAGUCUUUCCGCCGCAGCCGCCGCGGCUUCCAUGGCGAACCCGGUCCUAGGGCUUGGCCUCGCGCCACCGGGCGCUGAGCCCUCCGCCGGAACGCCACCGUCUUCACGCCGCGCGCCGCGCUUGGCCAAGCGGCGCCACGCGCCCGCCUCCUCCCGUUUCCGCGCGGCGCAGGCCUCAGUCGGAACAUGGAACCCGUUUGGCGGCGGCGGCGGUACGGAUGGACAGACUCGAGGUUUUGUGUUUGGUGCUGCUUCCCCAGUGAGCCAGCAGCCUUCGGAGCCAGCAGUGGAGAUAUCUUCAUCCAGUGAGGCGCCCUUCGUGUUUCAGAGUGUGAGGGAGAACCUUCCUCGGUUUGAGGAGGGAUUGUCUGGUUCAUCAAUGCUCCCUGAUAAGAUGGGGAAGCUGAACCUGCGCACAUCAGGUGAGGUUGGCGAUGGUCUCGGUCAGGGGAGGGAUCGAAAGGAUGGAAGUUCAGCAUUUGGUGUUGAUAUAUCUGGUUUGUUUUCUAACAAGGAAGAUAAUGGGCUCCAGGAGAAGCUUACACAGUUGAAUUUAGGCCACAGAGAACCCUUGCAAAGUGAGAAGAGGGAUAGUGCUAAUGGUGUGCCACAAGCAUUUGUGUUUGGAUGUAAUGGAGCUGGGAGUUUUGCUGAUUGUAAGAACACAGUUGCCUCUGGUGCACAGUCAGAUGAUCCUAGUUCAGUUUGUGGCACUGAUGCAAAAGCUAUGGCUGGGAAGUCGACGCAAUUCAAUAUAGGCAGUCAAGCACCUUCCUGGGGUGGAGGGAUUGAGGGUACUAAUGGAGCACCAGAAGCUUUCACGUUUCAAAGUACCGCAGUAAGUGGUCAUGUGGAUAAUAUAAACAAUGUUGUCUCCGGUGCCAAUACCAGUGCCAAUACAAGUUCGUCCACUGUUGCUAAAGGUGUGGGUGAUGUAGAUUUGCUUCCAGAAAAGUUAACACGGUUGAAUAUAGGAAGUGACAUGCCCUUGCAUGAGUCGAAAAGUGGUUAUCAGCCCAAAGUGUUUAGAGCAGUCCAAGGGACAAUUUUUGGAAAUGAAACAAGCAGCACAUCAGAUAGGAGCAGUGAAUUCCUCUCUGCAAAUAGCAAUACUUCUAGUUCAAGCAGUGAUUUGUUCUCUACAGCAAAUAGCAACACUUCUAAUUCAGCUAAUGGCACUUACUGUUUUCCUCCAGAGAAGACACCAGAUUUGAAUGCAGGAGAGGGAGUCAUGUCGGAGAGCUUGGAAAGUGAUAGUUCUAACUGUCCACCACAAACCUUUUUAUUUGAAAGAAAUGAAACCCGAAGCUCUGUUUCACACUCUGCAAGCAUAGCCAUGGAUGACGGUGGCAAUUUUGUCAAUCACAAAAAUACUGACACCUGUAGUUCAGCUCGUGGUACAUUUGAUUAUGCAGGUGCUCUCCCAGAGAAGAUGACGAAAUUAAAUAUAGGAUGCAGAAAUUCAUACCAUAGCAGGAAAGAUGAAACUGCUACUGAACCACCAGAAGUAUUUGUAUUUGGGUGUAAUGUUUCUAGCUUUUCUUCUACCCAUACUGCAAGUAAAUCACAUGAUCCCACGACUCCUGAAUUUUGUUUUCAAAGUAAAGCAGAGGCAACUUCAGGAUAUGGGGCUGUUCCCCAAACCAAAGUUCAGGAGUCAUACUUGUUUACGACUUUGAAUAAUUCUUGUAGUCCCUCUACUUUUGAGAAUGCAGUUCCUGCUUUCAGUUUUGGGACAAUGGAUGCAGAAAUAGAAACUGCUCCAGAUGAUCAUUUUUCUGUCAAACAGGAUUUGCCUGGGUUUUCCAGGGAGACCUUAUUUGGUUUAGACAGUAUAAAAUCUGCAUACAAGGACAAAAGGGAAGCACACAAAGGCAAAAUGAAAAAUAAAAGGCCAACUAGGCUAAAGCAACAUGCUCAGCUCCAUCAGGUUAUUUCUAAGGAAGCCUGUAACGAUGGAAAAUCAUCAGAUUUAGCAGGUGACUAUUCACCAAUGGAUUGUUCGCCAUAUCCUGCAGAAGCUGAACAUGUGCCAACAGAGGCAUAUGUGGCUUCUGGUCAGCCCGUUCACAUUGGUGAUAGUGUUAUCUCAAACUGGAACACCAGCUGUGCUGAAGAUGAUGUAGUUUCUGCAACCGAGCACUUGAUUAUUGAUGUAAACCUACCAAUGUUUGGAGAUGAAGGUAGAGGACCGAAACUAGAUGCAUCUGAGAGCAAUUUUGGUAGCAGCUUUUCUAGUUUUCAAGGAGAUCAAAGUAAUGGACCACAGCAUUCUUUCACUAAUAUUGGGCAAGACUGUAACGAUAAUACCUACAGAACUCCCCAUGAUUUUGUUGAGCCUCCUGCUUUUCAAUCAAGCUCAUCAAAUUUCAGUGGGCUGAACUUUAGAUUCGGUGUGUCAUCCUCUCCACAAAUCUCUGCAGCAGCACAAAGACGUAACACAAGAAGGAAGUUAAGAACAAAGGGCAGUCUGGCAUCGAAACCUUCAACUAUCGGCUCUUUUGAACAGUCAAAAUCUUCACAAGAUACUAAGGGCAUGCGGUUUUUCUGUGAAACAAGCAAAAAUGAAGACCCAGUGAAAGAGCAACCGUCAAGAAAGUCUUCUACUUCUGCGGCCUUGGAGGCUUGUGAAACCUGGCGUACUAGUGGAAAUAAAGCCUAUGAAAAUGGGCACUUUGCUACUGCAGAGGAUUAUUAUACCCGUGGAAUAAACUCUGUUACCCACUAUGGUGUUUCUGGACAUUGUUCUCGCGCAUUGAUGCUGUGUUACAGCAACCGUGCAGCUACAAGAAUGUCGCUUGGCAUGAUGUGGGAAGCACUUCAAGAUUGUUUGACUGCUACAUCAAUUGACCCCACCUUUCUUAAAGCUAAAGUUAGAGCUGCCAAUUGCCAUCUUGCAUUGGGCGAUCUUGAAGAUGCAUUAAGGAGUUACAUGGCCUGUUUGAACAGUAACACUGGGAGUUCUUCUGACCCUAAAAUAUUAGCCGAGGCUUCUGAUGGCCUGGAAAGAGUCAAGGACCUUCGUACAGGGGAAGUGAUUGGGACUGGCCGUCGCCGUAGAGCUGCUCCUCGCCUCUACAUCUUGGACUCUUUGCGGCUUCCUUCCUUGGCUACAUCUCCAGCGCAUGUGCUUUCAGCUACCCUUGCUUCUGUUGCGUCUUUUGCCCAGUGGCAUCAUCGUCUAGGUCAUUUGUGUGGAUCUAGAUUGUCUACUCUAAUAAAGUCAGGUUGCUUAGGUCAUACUUCGGUUGAGUCUGAUUUUCAUUGUAAGGGUUGUCAUCUUGGAAAACAAAUACAACUUCCAUAUUUUCCUAGUCAUUCUCAUUCUGUUCAACCUUUUGAUUUGGUUCACUCUGAUAUUUGGGGUCCUGCACCUUUUGUGUCAAAAGGUGGAUAUAAAUACUAUGUUAUUUUUAUUGAUGAUCAUUCUCGCUACACUUGGAUUUAUUUCAUGAAACGCCGCUCUGAGCUGAUUUCUAUUUAUAAAACCUUUGCUCGUAUGAUUCACACUCAAUUUUCCACUCACAUUAAAACCUUUCGUUCUGAUUCUGGUGGUGAAUAUUUAUCUGAUAAUUUCCGCCAGUUUUUGACUUCAGAGGGUACUCUUGCUCAGCUUUCUUGCCCUGGUGCUCAUGCACAGAACGGUGUGGCUGAACGCAAACAUCGUCACAUUAUAGAAACUGCUCGCACUUUGUUGAUAUCUUCUUUUGUCCCGUCACAUUUUUGGGGUGAAGCAGUUUCUACUGCGGUUUACCUCAUCAAUAGACAACCGUCAUCCAAACUCUCUGGCAAAACACCUGGUGAAGUUCUUUUCGGAACUCCUCCACGAUAUGACCACCUUCGAGUUUUUGGAUGUACGUGUUAUGUACUAUUAUCACCUCGUGAACGUACUAAAUUGACUGCUCAAUCUGUUGAGUGUGUUUUUCUUGGAUAUAGCCCUGAACAUAAAGGCUAUCGAUGUUAUGAUUCAUCUUCUCGUCGCAUGCGUAUUUCUCGAGAUGUGAGCUUCAAUGAAAAUCGUCCCUUCUUUUACAACUCUUCCACUCAUUCUUCUUUUUAUUCCACAGAGUCUACCUCCUUCAUGAGCCUUCCUCCCAUUUCUGAAACUUCAUCAGUAUCACCACCUACUGUUUCUACCCCAGAUGUCCUUAUUCCCAUCACACCACCUUCCACUUCCACAACAUCUCCGUCUUACUCUUCCAAACCACCUGUCACUCAGACUUACAUUCGCCGUCCUCGCUCUACUCCCACGGCCAGUCCUGAUGACGAUCCUGUUGCUGAUACUUGUACUAACAAUGAUGACUCUCAUGUUGUUUUUAAUCAGGGGUAUCAUCUUCGUGACCGUGGCACUAUUGCAGCUCCAGAACGUUAUGGGUUUUCCCGUGCUGGUGCAGUCAUUGCUGAACCAUCAUCUUAUAAAGAGGCGUCUGGUAUACCUGAGUGGCAGCUUGCUAUGACUGAUGAAUUAAAUGCCCUUCAUCGCACAUGUACAUGGGAUGUUGUUCCGUUACCUGCUGGUGUUGUACCUAUCACGUGCAAAUGGGUAUUCAAGGUUAAAACCAAAUCUGAUGGGUCUAUUGAGCGAUAUAAAGCUCGUCUUGUGGCCAGAGGUUUUCAACAGACACAGGGUAUUGACUAUGAUGAGACUUUUGCACCUGUGGCCCAUCUGACUACUGUCCGAGCUUUACUUGCUGUUGCAGCCUCAUCUUCUUGGACUAUCUCUCAGAUGGAUGUCAAAAAUGCUUUUCUUCAUGGUGAUUUACAUGAGGAAGUCUAUAUGCAUCCACCUCCUGGGAUAGAGGUUCCAUCAGGGCAUGUAUGUCGUCUCCGUCGAGCCUUGUAUGGUCUCAAACAAGCUCCUCGUGCUUGGUUUGAGAGAUUUGUUUCUGUCAUCAAGGCUUGUGGUUUCUAUUCUAGUGAUCAUGAUCCUGCAUUGUUCAUUCAUGUUUCUUCACGAGGACGCACGUUGUUAUUACUAUAUGUUGAUGACAUGUUGAUUACAGGCGAUGAUCCAGACCAUAUUGCUCAUGUGAAGGCAUCUCUGAGUAAGGAAUUUCAAAUGUCUGACUUGGGGGCACUCAGUUAUUUCUUGGGCAUUGAGGUUUUGCAGACUCAAAAUGGUAUUUAUCUUUCUCAGGCCAAGUACAUACAAGAUCUUCUUGAUCGUUCUGGUCUUAGUGAUACUCGCACUGUUGCCACGCCUAUGGAUCUACACUUAUCUCUUCGUCCGACUGAUGGGACACCUUUGGAGGAUCCAUCUCGAUAUAGACAUCUUGUUGGCAGCUUAGUUUAUCUUACUGUCACCAGGCCAGAUAUUGCUCAUGCGGUUCAGAUCUUGAGUCAGUUUGUCUCUGCUCCUACAUCAGUUCAUUAUGGGCACUUCGUGUGCUUAGAUAUUUACGGGGGACAAAAACACAAUGUUUAUUUUAUGACUCAAAUUCCCCACUUCAGCUUCACGCUUACUCUGAUGCUACCUGGGCCAGUGAUCCUAUAGAUCGUCGCUCCAUCACUGGUUACUGUAUUCUUCUUGGAUCAUCCCCUAUUGCUUGGAAAUCCAAGAAGCAAGCUGCUGUAUCUAGAUCUAGUACUGAAGCAGAACUUCGAGCCCUGGCUACUACUACUGCUGAGAUUAUCUGGAUUCGUUGGCUCUUGGCUGAUCUAGGCGUUUCUUGUGACUCGCCUACACUUCUUCGCUGUGACAACACUGGAGCUAUACAAAUUUGUCAUGAUCCAGUGAAGCGUGAACUCACAAAACACAUUGGUGUUGAUGUCUCAUUCACUAGAUCUCAUUGUCAUCAGAAGACCAUUGAUCUUCAAUAUGUGCCCUCAGAAUUACAGCUUGCGGAUUUCUUCACAAAAGCACAAACUAGGGCUAGUAACAGCCACCUCCGCUAAAAUUGGUAACAUCCUGCGGCUCAACAAACAAAGGCCUGUCAACAGGGUGAGGGGUACCCUGGGCAGGCACAGUGUCUGGAACCACAGCAGCACCAAGACCUCUUUUUUCUAAAAUACGUAGCGGCCGGUUGACGGCUGGAAUAAUAGAAUCAGCAUGCACAUCAUCAUCAACAUUGGGCACCAGCUGCUCCACGGUCUCGAGCUCAUCAACAGGGGCCAAGGGACCUUGGAUAUGCUCAGAGGCCGGAGCCAUGGUCCCCCGUUCAGCAGCCAAAUUCGGGACAGCAGCAAAUUCUGCACGUAUACCAGCAGUGAUCUCCACUGCCGAGGACUCCUCCAAUAUCUCAUAAUUUCCAGCUGUCUGAUCACAUUGACUGGCAUCGCCUUCCUUCCUAGGCUGAACUUCAGACCUUGGGCCUAGACGUUCAAGAGCAGAUCGUCUGCCCAAAAGUACACUGUCUUCCGUAGAACCCCUUCGGCCAUCACAGUCCCCUGGUGGCGAACGCGAACGGAAACGCCGCCUCUGUCGUGUGGAACCAUUCAUAUCUGUUGGGAUCUGGAUGGGGUCAGGGACAACACGUUGUCCAUCCAACACCUUAAUCUGAACACGAUAGGCAACAGAUAGCCUCUCAGCGCUUGGUCCUAUUCCCAGCGGUUCAGUAAUCCAGAGAUCUCUAGAAUGAGGGAUUGAGGCCAAGUCAUAACACCAACCAUAACAGCGAAAGGCCUCCAAAUUCUUGAGCUCAAGAGUCUCCUCAUGUACCUUCUGCACCCAGGCGAAAGGGUUCAAAAUGUGCUGGACAGUGGAAAGUUCCCAAGCAUGAAUUGGGAUGCCACUUAGCUCGAAUUCCACAGGGAUAGGCAAACUUGCACCUGAGGAUCCAAAAAACCUGGACCAUCUUUUACAGUGCAGAGAGAAAGCGCCUGCACGAAUAGUGUUCCAUCUCGAUGUCAGCUGGUCAACAGAGUGGAGGGUGGGGAGCAUGAGCAGAAAAUGUCCAUGAGCCAAUUGCCUCAGGAUUAGCGAAUCAGAAUUGACUUCAAGCUUUUGAGCAACUGCAUCUGCGAUAUCGGCGACCGGCACAAGCACAUCACUGACCACAAAGAUAGACACUGCGUUCUUCAAAUCUUCUUCUGCUUUAUCCAUCAAACUAUUCCAACCGAUCACACAAGGGUGCUGAAGAUGCACAGGGCUGGGAACAUCCAGAGGGGUCUCGUCAUUUCCAGGUUGAAUAGAUUGUCCACGACCCGGAUCAGAACCACCCCUAGGGGA